AUUCCAAGUGACAUCGAAGGAGCAGAGCUAGGUAUCACAUCCGAUGGUUUCUUUGAAGACCUCGAUGAAGAACAGCCGAAAAAAGUGGUUGUGGUGGGUGGUGGAUACAUUGCUCUAGAAUUUGCGAUGUUAAUGCGUGGACUGGGUUCAGAUGUGUCUAUCUUGCAUCAAGCAUGGCCUGUGCUAGAAGGGUUUGACUCAAGCAUCCAAAAAGCAUUACGAGCCCAGAUGGAGUCUGAUGGUAUUCAUAUCAACGAUAAUGGGAUCAUUAAUAAAGUUGAAAAACAGGAAGAUGAACGCCUCACGAUUCACUUUGAAGAUGGCUCGCAGAUUAACGAUGUAAAUGCCUUAAUCUGGGCAAUAGGUCGUCGCCCAAAUACCGACAAUAUUGGUCUAGAAAAUACCAGCGUCGAAGUAGCUAAGAACGGCAUGAUUGUUGUCGAUGAUGAAGAGAAAACUAAUGUGGCGGGUAUUUAUGCUAUAGGCGACAUUAUUGGUAAAGCACCGUUAACACCGGUGGCGAUU